AUGACCGUCGCUACCGCCUCCUCAUCUGCCGCGCCGGCCUUCAAGGCCAACCCGAAGGGUACGACCGCGGUGUCCUACGAGCCCGCAACGCUCGAGCAGGCGCUGCUAGUCGAGCCGCCCCUCACCUUUGAGCCGGUGCAGGAGGACAUCCACCCCAAGUACCUGUACGGCGCGGAGACGCCCAACCCCGACAACACCAAGGGCGACCUCUCGCCCAUCGCGCAGGCGUACAUUGCGCAGUGGAACAAGACGCUCGAGGCCAUCAACGCCGACGCGUCGCAGGCCAACCUCGACCAGCUCGACGCGCUGAUUGUCGACCACGCCCAGCUCAAGGACCACAUGGCCAUCACCUGGGACUUCCACCAGUUCACCGGCCUCGCCGACAUCAAGAAGGCGAUCGCUGCCCAGGCCGCCAAGUUCAAGAUCCGUAACUUCAAGAUCGACACCACAAGCGACCACCGCUACAAGGACUCGAUCUCGGUGCAGACGCUGCACGCUGCCAAGGCGGACGCCGCGGCCGUCGAGUGGGUCCAGGUCGUUGCCGACUUUGAGAACGAGUACGGCUGGGGUAAGGCCCUCUUCCGUCUUGUUUCUGUCAAGGACCCCAAGGCCCCCGGCGGCCUCAAGGCCUACACCGUCUACACGGGCCUCGACAACAUCAAGGGCAACGAGGAGAAGCUCGGCCGCACGCGUGAGCUCGGCGCCAGCCACGGCGAGAACCUCGAGCGCAAGAUCUGGGCCGACCGCCGCAAGCAGGACUUUAUCUGGGGCGGCGACAAGCAGCCCGUUGUGCUGAUUGUCGGUGGUGGCCAGGGUGGCCUGAACACUGCCGCCCGCCUCAAGGUCAUGGGCAUCCCCUCGCUCAUCAUCGAGAAGAACGACCGUAUCGGCGACAACUGGCGCAACCGCUACGCUACACUCACCCUCCACGACCCCGUCUGGUACGACCACCUGUCGUACAUCCCCUUCCCUGACACAUGGCCCAUCUUCACGCCCAAGGACAAGCUCGGCGACUGGUUCGAGUCGUACGCCAACCAGAUGGAGCUCGCCUUCUGGACCAAGAAGACGGUCACGGGUGCCGACUACAACGACGCCACCAAGACCUGGACCGUCACCAUCAAGGACAAUGUCACGGGCGAGGUCACGACCCUCAACCCCAAGCACGUCGUCAUGUCCACCGGCCACUCGGGCGAGCCCAACUGGCCUACGUUCAAGGACCAGGAGAAGUUCAAGGGCAAGCUCCACCACUCGUCGGUCCACGGCACGGGUCUGAGCUACAAGGGCGAGAACGCACUCGUUGUCGGCGCAUGCAACUCGGCCCACGACAUUGCGCAGGACUUUUACGAGCAGGGUGCCAAGCCAACCAUCCUCCAGCGCUCGACCACCUGUGUCAUCGCGUCCGACGUCGGCCUCAGGAUCACCACCGCCGGCCUGUACGAGGAGGGCGGCCCCAAGACGGCCACUGCCGACCUCAUCUUCCAGUCGAUCCCGAUCCACCUGCUCAACUUUGUCAUGCAGCAGCAGUUCCGUGAGACGUGCAAGCAGGAGAAGAAGCUGCACGACUCGCUCAAGGCCGUCGGCUUCAAGAUGGACGCGGGCUACGGCGGAACCGGCCUGUUCGGCAAGUACUUCCGCCGCGGCGGUGGCUACUACAUUGAUGUCGGUGCCUCGGGCCUCAUUGCCGACAGGAAGAUUGGCUGGAAGCAGGGUGUCGAGAUUGACCGCUUCACCGAGAACGGCGUCGUGUUCACCGACGGCUCGACGCUCGACAACCUGGCCGUUGUGGUGCUCGCCACGGGCUACUCGAACAUGCGCGACACGGCCCGCCGCAUCUUUGGCGACAAGGUCGCCGACCGCCUCAACCCCGUCUGGGGCCUCGACCAGGACGGCGACCUCGCCACCAUGUGGCGCGACUCGGGUCACCCCGGCUUCUGGUACAUGGGCGGCAACCUUGCCCUCUCGCGCUUCUACUCCAAGCUGCUUGCGCUCAGGAUCAUUGCCCACGAGCGCGGCUUCAUCAACUAG